GUAAUGGCGGAUGAAAAUGAAAACUCGUGCGACAAGUUUGACGAUGUGAAGCCGGACAAAAUGUUUACGCUGAAGAAGUGGAAUGCGGUGGCAAUGUGGAGCUGGGACGUUGAGUGUGAUACGUGUGCUAUUUGCCGUGUGCAGGUUAUGGAUGCGUGCCUUCGUUGCCAGGCGGAAAGCAAAAAGGAUACACUCGGCCGGCAAGACUGUGUUGUUGUGUGGGGUGAAUGUAACCACUCCUUUCAUCACUGCUGUAUGUCGCUGUGGAUUAAGCAGAACAAUCGGUGCCCGCUGUGUCAGCAAGAGUGGUCCAUCCAACGUAUGGGCAAAUAA